GGAGAGGACGAUGACAUGCCCAACCCCACCCUCUUCACUGAGAUGGACACGCUGCAGCAGGACGGGGAUGAGCUGGAGUGGAAAGAGUCUGCUAGGUGGGUGAAGUUUGAAGAGAAGGUGGAGGAGGGAGGAGAGAGGUGGAGCAAGCCCCAUGUGUCCACCCUGUCCCUGCACAGUCUGUUUGAGCUGAGGACCUGUAUACAGACCGGCACUGUGCUGCUUGAUCUGGAGGGAUACUCACUGCCACAGAUAGUUGAUGAAAUCAUUGAACAGCAGGUAGACGAGGGCAUGCUAUCUCCUGACCUGAGAGAGAAGAUCAGCUUUGUCCUCCUGAGGAAGCACAGGCACCAGACCAAAAAGCCUAUCCACCGCUCUCUGGCUGACAUGGGCAAGGCCAGCGGUGCCCGUAGUCCAGGUGCAGCGGCCGCAUUCAACCGCUCCACAGAAGACCUCCGCAUGAAAUCACAGCCAGGAGGCUAUGGUCGUCUGCGUCAUGCCCAAAGUAGGAGCAUGAAUGACAUUUCAGACACUCCGAGCACAGACCAGCUAAGGAAUAAGUUCAUGAAAAAGAUCCCUAGAGAUGCUGAGGCAUCUAAUGUUCUGGUGGGUGAAGUGGACUUCCUGGAUAAGCCCUUUGUAGCCUUUGUCCGCCUGGCCCAGGCCACCACUCUGGGAGGACUGACAGAGGUUCCUGUGCCCACCAGAUUCCUGUUUAUUCUGUUGGGGCCAACAGGAAAAGCCAAGUCCUAUAAUCAGAUCGGUCGAGCCAUAGCUACCCUAAUGGUGGAUGACCUGUUCAGUGAUGUGGCGUACAAGGCUAGAGAUCGAGAGGAUCUGAUUGCAGGUAUAGAUGAGUUCUUGGAUGAGGUGAUCGUGCUGCCGCCCGGAGAGUGGGACCCCAAAAUACGUAUCGAGCCCCCUAAAAAAGUGACCUCGGCUGACAAGAGGAAGUCAGUGUUCUCUCUGAAUGAGCUGGGUCAGCCGAAUGGUGCGGCGGGAGGAGGUGGAGGCCUCGCUGAGGAUGAGGAGAUGCCAGUGGCUCACGAACUGGGAGAGGAGCUGGCACACACUGGGAGGUUCUGUGGAGGUCUGUUUCUUGACAUCAAGAGAAAAAUACCCUGGUUGCUUAGUGACUUCUAUGAAGGCUUUCACAUCCAGUCCAUCUCUGCUGUGCUGUUCAUCUACCUGGGCUGCAUCACCAACGCCAUCACCUUCGGAGGCCUGCUGGGAGACGCCACAGACAACUACCAGGGUGUGAUGGAGAGUUUCCUGGGCACAGCGUUGUCAGGAACAGUAUUCUGUCUGUUUAGUGGUCAGCCCCUCAUCAUCCUCAGCUCUACUGGACCUAUCCUCAUCUUUGAGAAACUGCUCUUCGAAUUCAGCAAGAACAAUGGUAUAGACUACAUGGAGCUGCGUCUGUGGAUCGGGAUCCACUCCUGUUUGCAGUGCUUCCUCCUGGUCGCCACGGACGCCAGCUACAUCAUCAAGUACAUGACCCGUUUCACAGAGGAGGGCUUCUCCAGCCUCAUCUCCUUCAUCUUCAUCUCUGACGCCAUCAAGAAGAUGAUGGGCUCCUUCAAAUACUACCCCAUCAACACCGACUUCAAGCCAGACUAUGUCACCGCCUACAAGUGCGAGUGCCUGGCCCCAGACCCCAGUGAGUCCAUCCUUAGCAACUGUGUCCCCCUCCCUGCCCCCCUCCACCCCUCUCUCCCUCUCUCCUACCAGUUAAACAUCACAGGCCUGGACUGGAGCCAGCUCAGUAAGAAGGAGUGUGUGAAGUACGGAGGCUCUCUGGUGGGCAACACCUGUAAGUACGUCCCUGACCUGGCCCUCAUGUCCUUCAUUCUGUUCUUCGGGACCUACUCCAUGACCGUCUCCCUCAAGAAGUUCAAGUUCAGUCGCUACUUCCCCACCAAGCUGCGGAAGCUCAUCAGUGACUUCUCCAUCUUCAUGGCCAUUAUGACCUUUGUGGGUCUGGACAGGUUAAUUGGGCUCAAAACCCCCAAGCUCAUCGUUCCCACAGAAUUUAAGCCCACACGUCCCGACCGGGGUUGGAUAGUGCUGCCGUUUGGGAAGAACCCAUGGUGGGUGUAUUUGGCCAGCUUCGUCCCUGCUCUCCUGGUCACCAUCCUCAUCUUCAUGGACCAGCAGAUCAGUGCUGUCAUUGUCAACCGGAAGGAGAACAAGCUGAGGAAAGGGUGUGGCUACCACCUGGACCUGUUCUGGGUGGGGGUGUUGAUGGCUGCCUGCUCCUUCUUGGGCCUGCCCUGGUACGUGGCCGCCACUGUCAUCUCCAUCGCCCACAUUGAUUCACUAAAGAUGGAGAGUGAGUCCAGCGCCCCUGGGGAGCAGCCUCAGUUCCUGGGUGUCAGGUGAGGGAGCACAGAGCAGAGACUGACAGGGAUUCUGGUGUUUGUUCUCACUGGAGUCUCCAUCUUCUUGGCUCCCCCAUUCUACAGGUCAUUCAUACCCAUGCCAGUGCUCUAUGGUGUGUUUCUCUAAUGGGAUGGCAUCUCUCAGUGGGCAUUCAGGUAUUUCUGGGAGAGGAUCAAGUUGUACAUGAUGCCUUCCAAGUACCAGCCAGACUUCCCUUUCCUGCGUCACGUGCCUCUGAGGAGGGUCCACCUCUUCACCCUGGUCCAGAUCAUCUGCCUGGCUGUCCUCUGGGUGCUCAAGUCCACCGUCCUGGCCAUCCUCUUCCCUGUCAUGAUCCUGGGGUUGCUGGUGGUGCGUAAGAUGCUGGACAUGGUGUUCUCUCAACACGACCUGGCCUGGAUAGAUGAUAUCCUGCCUGGGAAAGACAAGAAAAAGGAGAAGACGAAGAAGGGUGAUAAAGAUGACACAAAGAAGAAAGACAAGAAGAAAGGGAGAUCAGACGACAGCGAAGACGAGGAGAAGUACCACGCGUACUCCAACUGCUCGCCCAGCUCUGAGUCUGACGUGGACCGCAGGUACUGUGUGCUCAAACUACACGUCCCCUACAGUGACCUCCUUCAGCCCGUUGAUGCCCAGUCACAGUGGGCUGCUCACUGCCAGCCAGGCAAAUACUUCCCCUGA